AUGAAGGUGACGACUACAGUCCUCCUAGCAAUCGUCUCGGUGGUCACGGCGCUGCCCCAGGGCAAAGCCGCACAGCCAGAUGAAGACACCCGGGAGCUCACAUGGCCUAGCACUGGCGUCAUCUUCACCUUCGAGGGCACCCGGGCUUCAAUCAACAUCCAAAAUGUAACCGGCACCACCAGCGCAGAUCUGACCAUCGACGGCGGCGAACCUAUCCUCAUCGCCAAUAUCGAGGGCGAUUCAAUUGACACGCCCUCUCUGCCCGACGGAACCCACACGAUCGAGCUCCGUAAGCGCUCUGAGACGUACUUCGGGACGUUUCGCGUCAAGGAUGUGACCACGGAUGGCCAGUUUCUCUCGCCUCCCGACCCUAAACGCCGAAUUGAGGUCAUUGGCGACUCGCACUCUGUAGGGUACGGCCUCGACGGUAUCUUCCCCUGCACCGACUCGGCACUCGUACAGAACAAUCCGAAGACCUAUGGAGCA